CUUGGACGUGCAAGCAGCUUGCUGAUCUCAGUGCGUGCUCUCUACUCCUUUGAUGCAUUACGGGGGUCCGAGUUGCAUGACAUCCGUCUUCUCACCUAAUCAUUCGCUCUGACUGCGACAUGCAUGCAGCAUGCCGGAUCCCAAUGGCGCAGAGUCUUCUGCGGCCGGCCAGCGGCGCGCCUCGACUUCUGUAACUCCACCUCUAACGCCGGGGCGUCGGGGCUCAGCAGCGAGAUCAGUGGAAGGCUUACCUGCGCCAGCUGAACAAGACGAAGACGCGCUAGACGAGAUCAAACGGUAUGAGAGUUUCUCGACCGUAGAUUGGCUUGUGGAUGGAUCACGCGAGCGUGCUAGGCUCGCUCGAGCUAGCGCCAAGCGUUUGCAGACAGCAGGAGUAGUGCGACGGUUUCACUCGAGUGAUGGACCGCUCGCCUCCAAUGGGUCUACGUCUGCAGCAUAUACCAGUGCAGCCGGUGUCCAAGCGCGUCUAGCUAAUAGUGAUACGGCGGAUUGGGGACAGCUCGGCUUUGCCCCACACGAACGGCCGCCAAGAUGGUGGCCGAUGCGCAACUUUUGGGGGCGAAAAGCUUGGUGGGCCUGGAGGUUCGUCGUUGCAACAGCCGCUGCAGCAGCUGAUAGUGGCGUGGUCGUGCUUGUCGGAAUCUUUAUCGGUAUAAACAUGGCCAUUAUCAGCAUUGCCACAGAGUGGGCAUCUGACCUGAAGCAAGGAUACUGCAAAGCUGGUUGGUGGCUUAAUGCAAAGUUUUGCUGUUGGGAGACAAUGGACCCAGGUGGUCUGGGGGGCAGCAUGAAUCCGCUUCCAAGGCCCCCCGGGAAGGCCAUUGCAAUGCCAGAUUCAUUGAAUAGCACUUCAAAUCUGACUGUUGCGCUCGCUGGCCGAGCGAUGGAGACUGCUCUAUGGUAUCAUUCUCAAUUUACCUCUCGAGCAGAUGGACAAGGACAGACAGGCAACCUGAGCGAAACAUGUACCGACUGGGUGCCGUGGUCCACCUGGACCCUCCCUGCCUGGUUUGUUUAUGUUUUUGCAGCGGUUGUUCUGUCGUCGACAUGUGCAUGGCUUGUCCAGGCUUUCGCACCUUACGCCGCUGGAAGCGGCAUCAGCGAGAUCAAGUGCAUUCUGGCGGGAUUUAUCAUCAACGGAUACCUGGGUGUCUGGACGUUCGUGAUUAAAAGUCUAACACUUCCGCUGGCAAUCGCGUCCGGUCUCAGCGUUGGAAAGGAAGGGCCGGCCGUGCACGUUGCUUGCUGCAUUGGUAACAUUGUUUCCUCCUUCUUUCGGGAGCUGACGCGCAGUCAAGCAAAAAUGCGGGAACUUCUGACAGCAAGCAGCGCAGCAGGAGUUGCCGUAGCCUUUGGUUCGCCGAUUGGCGGCGUGCUUUUCUCUCUCGAGGAAAUGGCCUACAACUUCCCAGCGACAACCAUGUGGCGCAGCUUUCUGUGCGCUUUGGCAGCAACGGUCACGCUAUCUUUCAUGAACCCGUUCCGAACCGGGAAACUUGUCCUGUUUCAAGUCUCCUACGAUCGGGAUUGGCACUACUUUGAGAUCCUUUUCUACCUUCUGAUUGGCGUCUUUGGCGGCCUCUACGGUGCGCUGGUCAUCAAGUAUAACCUACAGGUGCAAAGUUUCCGCAGGAACCACCUCGCAUCGCACGGCAUAUCAGAAGCAGCCAUCCUCGCGAUGCUCACGGCGUCAGUCGCCUAUUUCAAUAAAUUUUUACGCAUCGACAUGACAGAGUCUCUCGAAAUUUUGUUUAGAGAAUGUGAAGGCGGUGGCGACUACGACAACUUGUGCCAAAGUUCCGCGCAGUGGCGGAUGGUCAACUCUUUGCUUUUGGCCACGAUCAUCCGCUUCGCCCUUGUCAUCAUCUCGUACGGCUGUAAAGUACCGGCCGGCAUCUUUGUGCCUUCUAUGGCGAUCGGUGCCACCUUUGGACGUAUGGUCGGCAUACUGGUCAAAGCGCUGCACCAGGCCAUUCCGAACGCUGCCUUCUUUGCUGCCUGCGAGCCCGACGUCCCCUGCAUCACACCCGGGACAUAUGCCUUCCUUGGUGCAGCAGCAGCUCUGGCUGGCGUGACGCGCAUCACUGUAGCGGUCGUUGUCAUCAUGUUCGAGCUCACUGGAGCGUUGACGUACAUCUUACCGACAAUGAUCGUGGUAAUGGUCACCAAGGGCAUCGGGGAUUGGUACGGCAAAGGCGGUAUCGCAGAGCAAAUGAUUCGCUUCAACGGCUACCCCUUCCUCGACAAGGACGAGCACGCUUUUGGCAUUCCUGUGCAGGAUGUCAUGAAGCAGAAUCCUGUCACGGUAUAUGCUACUGGUAUGACACUCGAGGAGCUUGAGCGAAGGCUAUCGGAAGAUAGCUACAAAGGAUUCCCGCUGGUGCAAGGCCCAUCAGAUGGCACCCUCCUUGGCUAUGUGGGCAAGACCGAGCUGCGCUACGCCCUUGGCAACGCGAAACGAUCUCGGAAUCUCGGACCACGGACUCAAAUUGUCUUCAUGCGCUCGCCUGAGACGGCCGCCCGUAGGAACGUAAAAAUUCUCAUCACACCGCUGCUUCCAUCAUUUGGUGGGGACGGCCCUGUGACUCCUCGCACGCCUGGGCAAAGUCGGCUUGACGAGGAAUGCUUGAUGUCUCACGCCCGAGCCGGAGAAGGAGAUGAAGAGAGCGAAGGUUCAGACCUUGACGAUGCUGAUGGCGGAGUCAACGGCGAAGGCGAGGACGACGAAUUGGAUCUUGGUGGAUGGGUGGAUCAAACCCCUCUUUCAGUCCCGCCGGCCAUGGCUCUCGAAGUCGUCAUGGACCUGUUCAAGAAGAUGGGCCCGCGAGUGAUUUUAGUAUCCAAGUACGGCAAUCUGGCCGGUCUAGUGACAGUCAAGGAUGUCCUCAAGUUUGUCGCUGCGCAAGAGAAAGCCGAAGCAAUGGCGCUCAAGAUUCAAGCACAGCAGGGGGAGGACGAGCUUCCGUACGCACGCAUGAAUGGCGCCGCCGAUCCAGAGGACGAAGGCGAACUCGAACUUCUGCUCUCCUACGUUCUCGAUUGGAGCGGUUCAGUCGGUCGCUCCAUCUUCGAGCGGGUCUCCCCUUUUCUUGCACGCUUUGCCCCACGAAACAGGCCUAGACCACCAACAGCGAGGUACAGCCGGCCGUCAGCUAGAGAGGGGCAUGUUGUGUUCGACGAAGGCGGAAUGUCACCAAAUCACUCUCCGGAAGGGCCGACAAACCAUACAAGCAGCGUUUGGAAGACCGACGAGGUUGAACAAUUCGUGCUGGGAGAGGUGUGAUGCAUUGGCAAUUCUGUACAAUAGAAAGGGUGACAAUCGUAAUCACAUGCCUGCUGUAUGCU